AUGAGCGACUACACUAGUGCGAAGUUCAUCAGCAAGCAGCUGAAGGCGAAGGGACUGCAGAAACUGCGAUUCUACUGCCAGGUGUGCCACAAACAGUGCCGGGACUCGAACGGGUUCCAGUCGCAUAUCAAGUCUCCGUCGCACUUGAAGCGCAUUUCGCAGGUCACGCAAGCUGACAUCGACCAGUACACUUCAGCGUUCCAACAGGCGUUCUUGAAGCUGCUGAGGGUGUCCCACGGGGAGAAACCCGUAGAGGUGAACAAGUUCUACAACGAGUACAUCCAGGACAAGGACCAUGUGCAUAUGAACGCGACGCGGUUUACCUCACUUACGAAGUUCGUGCAACACCUGGGGACCACGGGGGAAGUACGAGUACAAGGCCUGGAAGACGGCGGCGGUGUGGAGGGCACGACGAGCGUGUACAUCAGCUACGUCGACCGGUCGAGUGCGAACACGGUGCUGAAACAGCAGUUGCAAGACCUAGAGGCACACGAGCGCAGGGACCAGACGGUCAAACAGUUGCUCCUCCAGCGGCAGAUUGCGAGGGGCAAGCAGAAUAGUACAGACAGUGAGACCAGCGCAGACACCACGCAGGAGGACCCUGCAAGCACGCGACAACUGCCACCAACGAUCCAAAUCCCUCUGACCAAGAAACGCGCACCGCACAAAAUUGCCAAGAACAAGAAACGUCGCAACGUCUUCGAUUGA